AGAGCCCGGCAGUGGACUGAACCCAAAUAUGGCGGCGGUAUCUGUCAGCAAGAAGUGAAACUUUGGCAGAAGAGAGUGAAUAAAUCGGGUCAAACUGCCUCGAUACCGGUCGCUGUUGGCGCUUUGACAUGUGCCGUGUUGUCGUGUCGCUGACCUGGUUCGGUGUGGGUGUCGGGGAGCUCCUGAUUUAGAGGAUUUUGUGGGUGAAUGUGUGAAUGUUUUCGUUAGCUGGCGUUAGGAGCUCAGAGGAGAACAGAAGGAGCUCCAGUGCGGCGGUUUCUGCCUGCCCCUGCCCGGAUUAAAGCGCCAAGACUUUCAUAUUAUUCGCGAUUAAUCGCUUGUUUGGUCGGUUAAUCAGUUCUAGGAUAUUUAAGGACUUGUUCCGGGCGUUUCGGACCGAGGACGGCGGCUCGGUGGUCCUGUUUAAACGUCCGUGGCCUCCUAUUAAUGUGGAUGUUUUUCGAUGUGCUCCAGACCACCGCAAGACAUUUGAUUUGCUAGCACCAUCUGUCCUGGCAAAUCAAUGGAUAAGCUUCAGGAUCUCAGCCAAUCCGAGUUACAGGAUUUGCUGGAUAACUCUGAGCGGGUGGAGUCGAUGGCACUGGAGUCUGAUGAGAUCCAGAACAUUCAGCUAGAAAGGGAAAUGGCUCUGGCCUCCAACCGCAGCCUGGCCGAGCAGAACCUCGACAUGAAACCUCAACUGGAGCGUGAGAGAGAGCGCCUGGUGGAGAAGUACGCUGAACUGGAGGAAGUGAGGGAAAAAUACAAACAGCACUGCGCCCUCAGAGAUGGAAUAAUGGGACAGGUGUCUCCUGAGGGGUUAUUCUGUCGUCUGCAGGUAGAGGGCGCCAGCACAGAGGCAGAGUCUGAGACUCUGGCUGACGAGUUUCUGGAAGGUUCCUUGUCACUUGAAUCCUUCCUUGAGCGCUUCCACUCUCUCCGCUCCCUUGCUCACAAAAGACGGGUGUCGAUCGAGAAGCUGCAGGAGAUCCUACGCCAGAAGAGCCAGGGAGCGGGAGAGUCUGGCAUGACGUCACAGUCUGGCCCCACUCUGGACGCUGGAUCAGUACCACCUUGGCAACCUCAGCAGCCCCAGCAACAGCCACAACAGAAACCCAGUGUGUCUACCAACCCCUCCAACUCUGCCCUGCCGUACCCUCCGUACCCCGUUUCUCCUCCCACCCAGCACGCCUCAGCCUCUGCAGCGGUCCCCUCCAACCCUUCUGCUGCGUUUCAGCCGUACCCCACCCAGGGCAGCGCAUUUACUCCAGCCACAGGCUACCCUGCAUCACGGCCUGCUUUUGCCGCCCCCGCAUGCCCGUACCCGGCUCAGCCUGCAUUCCCCACUCCCCAGGGCCCACCGUUUGGGCAGUUCGGCCCUACCAACGCUCCAUACCCCGGUCAAUACCCUUACGGCGGUUAUAGUUACCCCAUGGGGCCUCACAUGGCUCCUACCCAAUCACCUACAGGUAGGCCGCUUUAUAGGCCAGGGUUUGGAGUACCACAGCCAUACUCCUGAACCCUAAUGUCUCUCUCCCUCUCUUUCUCUCUCUCUCUCUCUUUCUCUCUCUCACCCUCUCACCCUCAACUGUUUUGUCUCUUUCCUUCCUCCCUCUACUCCUGACACAAAAUUUGUGGUUCGCGUACCCCUGACACAUUCUCUUCCUGUCUGAGGCUUACACAAAAAAAAAAAAAAGAUAGACUUUGGGUUGCCAUGUCCCCCUUUUUUCCACACCUCAAAGAACAGCUGGCUCCAAAAACCUGUCAGAGACCAAAACGGACGUCGCACUUGACCCUGGACUCAGUGGUUCAGUUCCUGGCUAUUCUAGCAUGUUUUCUGAGAUCGCAAGUCAUUGAUAGUGUGUUGGUUGUGUUUGACGUUUAUCAAAUCAUGUUCAUUCUACAGAUUCGUCUUGAUAUUUGGCUUUUUUUGGCUAUGGUUCAUAAUUCAUGUUUGUUUGUUUUUUUCUUUUUUUCUUUCUUUCUUUUCUUGAAAUACUAAUGACAAAAAAAAGUCUCACACUACUGGCAUGUGCAUCUCUUAGCAUCAGGCUAUCCUUGUGUUCACAUGGUCAUCUCUUUUCUGGAACAUCCUCAUUUUGGGUUAUAGUUGUUACUACAUAGUUUUGAAUACAUACACUGUCUACUUUAUCAGCUCCAUUUACCAUAUAGGGGCACGUUAUAGUUAUGUGAUUGAACUGUAUUUUUGUAUCUGUUUCUCUGCAUAUUUUAUUAUUAUUAUCCUCCUUUUUCCCUGUUCUUCAGUGGUCAGGACUCCACAGAAUAAACCACCGGAGAGCAGCUAUUAUUAUUGAGGUGGUGGGUCAUUCUCAGCACUGCAGUGAUACUGGCAUGGUGGUGGGGUGUUAGUGGCUCAGACACAGCAGUGCUGCUGGAGUUUUUAAACACCCCAGUGCCACUGCUGGACUGAGAAUAGCUGACCGUGUCCUGUGGGGUCCUGACCAUUACAGAACGGGGUAAAAGGAGGAUAAUAAUAAAGUAAGCAGAUAAACAGACCCAGGACUACAGGCUGUAAUCAUAGAACUAAAAGUGCUCCCUGGUGCUGAAAAAUGGACAGUGUUUGUAUAAACAAGAAAAUAUUCUUAAUAAUCUGACUGUACUGUGUAUAAAUUUAGAGCAUUACACUUCUUCCACCAUGUACUGAAGGCACAGACUGCUUCACAAUCCUCUCUUGUCUCUUUGUUUGUCACCACACACGUUUUUGUGGACAUAUAUCGUAUCAGGUUGAUUUGCACCCAGACCAGACAUUGUUUUUCGUAACUUGUCAAAUCUGAGAGUUCGGUAGGUUCUGUUGUGAAUGGAAGAGCACGACUGCUUUGCUCCCUCCAUCCCUUCCUCCACAUUUCUUUUAUCACUUCUCCUCCUCUUUUUUAACCUUUUAUCCUGUUUCACACUCUUUCUUUCUUUCUCUCCUUCCUUCCUUUUUUUUAUUUUUUUUCUGGUUUGGUUCAUACCUCCUUGAUUAAUGUAUAGAUUAUUAUUGAUUGAGAACAGUGACAAUGAUCAGUUGGAAAGGAUCAGUUUAUUUCCAACAAGUUCUCAAGUGGAGACUUUGUGAUUUGUAUAAACAGAUACUACUACUACUAAUAAUAAAAAAACAAGGGAUAUUAAUAUAGACAUAUCUUUAUCUGCUAUAGCACAGUAGGUGGUGUGGCGUUCGAAGCAAGGGAAACAUAACACAGCACAGUGCAUAUGCAAGGGAUUUUUUUUUCUGGGCUGCGUAACAUCCUUAGUAGUGUUCAUACAGCUUUUAGUACCCAUCCCGACACUGCAAAUAUGGUUCUUUAAUAUGGAUACUAUAGCUAGGGAUACACCGAAAUGAAAAUUCUGGUUAAAGAAACGGAUAGAUAGAAUUAAAAGGUUUCAUUAAUUUUUCCCCUUUAUUCACCAUUAAAUAUAAAAUUGUCUUAAAAUUCAAAUUAAGUCUUGUCUUAAAAUUAUCUACAAUUAAAAAAUAUUUAAAUUGAAUAAAUUAAAUUAAAAGUAUAAAUAUAUAAGCAAAACAUAAGGAUUAAUUUAGAGUUCAGCAAAAAAUAUUGAGGUCAUGUCCAUAUAUUGUAUAAUAAAUCAGUGAUGUAAUUAUUGUGACAUGCCUACAAGUUGAUCUUUCAAAAUGUCAUAGUUUGGUACGAAUUAUUUAUAUAUAUAUAUAUAUAUAUAUAUAUAUAUAUAUAUAUAUAUAUAUAUAUAUAUAUAUAUAUAUAUAUAUAUAUAUAUAUAUUCCCCAAACUGUUCGGCCGAAUAAUUGCUGAUUGCUGAUAAUCCCUACUACUAUAUGUAUAGGCAGCUGGUAUGGUAAAGACAUUUAACCUUUUUUGUUUUUUUUAAAUAGAGCUGGAUGAUGAUAAUAAAUAAAAAUAUUAUAUAUCACAGUACUUAAAUACAUUGUCACAAUAUGUAAUAUUUAACACAAAAUUGUUCAAAUAUUACAAUACAAAACAAAUGAGGAGAAAUGAUCCACUAAAUUAAAUGGUCUUGAUCAAAAUGUUUUGACAGCAGCGGCAGAGUUUUCAAACCUGUUUAAACUGUCUUUCGUGCACAGUACAGUGUUUUUUAUUCAGUUUUUGCUGGACAUCAUGCAAUUAAACAAGAUUAAUUACACUCUCUGUAAUGAAAGGUACUCAAAACAUUUAAAAAAUAUCCUCAUAUUGCCCAGCUCUACUUUUAAAUCCCUACUGUAAUAUUCUACAGUUAUGAUGGCUUGGGUUAAAGGUCUUGAGGUAGAUACGAGUAUUCAUCACUGGUAGAAUCUUGGUUUGGGUUGCGCGACACCCAAACCAAGGUUUAAUAAAGGCUUUAUGUAACUUCUACGAAGGUGUUAUGUAGUCCCCUGCAGCAGCAGCAGCCCACAUCUUUUGGAGUGAUUACCUGCUACAUGUGGACUUGUGGACUGAUAGGAUGACUGUUCUGAAUCACAUUUGCACUCCACAAUAGCAGCCUCUGUCCCUACGGCAGAAGGGCCUGGUGGCGGAGCCUGAUAACCAUUAGCUUUAGAUCAGAAGCUCGGGGUCAGUUUUUGAUUUUCUUCUGUUUUUUUUUUGUUUGUUUUUUUUUCCUCCCCCUCUUAGUUUUAUUUUGUUAUAAUUCAUUAUUGUUUUUAACUUUAAAAGCAAUCCAAAAACCAGAGGCGUCCCCAAUCAAGCCUCAGGUGGCUUUAAUGAAUUAAACGAACUCAGUAAUUAAGACUCAGGUUUGGAGCAAAAGCCCCGUCGUCUACGGCCCGUCCUCAGGACCUGAAGCGAGGGAGAAAGCUGGCAUGAAAUAAACAGGAGGGGAAAUGGGGUGAUCUUUUAGUCGCACACUGUGAUGUGCAGCAUUAGAGGAAAGACAUUCUGUCGGGUUGGUGGUGAUAAUGAUGACUGUAGCCUGUUAAAAGUGUGUUAUUAUUUUUAUUUUUAUUGCUUUUUUCUUUUUUUGGUGUGAAUAUUAAACACUGAAGUUGAUCUAUGAA